UUAGGUUUACUACUGUUGUAAAGUAAUGGAGUGAAAUUUCACAUUUAUAUUUAUUAAUGAAAAUCGGCAUUUGUUAGCAUUUAUCGACAAGUUUUGAGUAAAAUUUUAGUUAGUCUCAAGAUAUUACAUAUAUUUUGUUUGCAUAUUGUGGCUUUCAUAAACAUAGUAGCCGGAAGAAAACAAUGAUUUCUUCAAUUUGUAAGAGCGCAGCUCUGGUGCGGAGGAUGUCAACCAGUGCGAAGCCCAAGACUGCCAUAGUAAUGUUGAACAUGGGGGGCCCAGAGACCACAGACCAGGUUGGUGGCUACCUGCUUCGUAUCAUGACGGAUCGGGACAUGAUCCAGCUGCCCGUGCAGAGCAGACUGGGGCCUUGGAUAGCCAAAAGACGGACAGAGGAAGUGCAGAAAAAGUACAGCGAGAUCGGAGGCGGGUCGCCUAUACUCAAGUGGACUAACACACAAGGUGAACUGCUCACAAAGAAACUGGACCAGUUAUCUCCAGAGACAGCCCCGCACAAGCACUAUGUGGCGUUCAGAUACGUGCCCCCCUUCACCGCUGACACGUUUAGCCAGCUUGAAGAGGAUGGAGUAGAACGGGCCGUAAUAUUCUCGCAGUACCCUCAAUACAGCUGCGCCACCACGGGGUCGAGUUUAAACGCCAUUGCAGACUUCUACAGAGAUAGAUCAGUCCCCAAAAAUAUAGAGUUCAGCAUGAUCGAGCGCUGGGCCACGCACCCGCUGCUGGCAGAAGUCUUCGCGGAGAGGAUCCGGGAGAAACUGGCCAAGUUCAAGGAGAGGGUCCGCGACGACGUGCUCAUACUGUUCACCGCACACAGCCUGCCCUUGAAGGCAGUGUCCCGCGGCGACACGUACCCGCACGAGGUGGCGGCGAGCGUGGCGCUCACCAUGGCCAAACUGCAGGUCCCCAACCCGCACCGGCUCGUGUGGCAGUCCAAGGUGGGCCCGCUGCCCUGGCUGCAGCCCUACACGGACGACGCCAUCAAGGCAUACUCGAAGCAGGGCAAGAAGCACCUCAUCCUAGUACCCAUAGCGUUCGUGAACGAGCACAUAGAAACUUUGCACGAACUGGACAUCGAAUACUGUGACGAAUUGGCUAAAGAGGCAGGCGUGCUACAAAUAGAGCGAGCGAGUGCACCUAACGACCAUCCGACUUUCAUAUCGGCACUCGCUGACGUAGUGUCUACACACAUGAAAUCUGGCCCUAGGGUCUCGAAACAGUUCCUAAACAGAUGUCCCCACUGCGUGAGCAAGCGGUGUGAGAUGUCUAAGAAAUUCUUCGCGGAAUUAGUCGGCUCCGAAAUAGAUAAACCACUGAUGACCGCAUAAAUAAAUAAAUAAAAUAUUUGUAAGUUUCUACACAUAAAUAAUCCAUGUAUAUCAUAUUGUUUUGUAUCAUAGAAAUAGUACAUUACGAUACAAGUGCGAAAAAUAGGAAAUUCGAAACGAGUGGCGAUAAAUUAAAACACGACCGAAGGGAGUGUUUUAAAUCGACACGAGUUGCGAAUUACCUAUUCGCACAUGUAUCGUACAACGUUUUACAGUACAUAUGGCCCUUUAAAUGUUCGACACAGUAACGUAAUAUGCUACUUCUCGCACUAGUGCUAUAAAGUAGCCCCAUAUGUACUGUAAAAUAAUAAGUACAUAGAAUCCUCACUCCAUACAUCAGUUUGGUACCAAAACGCUUAUUAUUUUCGUAGUCGACAUCUAGAAUCGAGUAGCGGAAUUAUCAGUACCGCUACUUGACAAUAGAUGUCGCGACGAACGUAAAGUCUAAUGCUCAACAAUUUUCAGCUAACAUAACCGGAUUGACCGAAACUCUACUCCUUCCCUUGUAAUAAUUAGUUGUAAACUGUUGAGAAAUACAAUUUUCGUCAGUCGCGACACCCGAGACAUCUAGUGUCAAGUAGCGGUACUCAUAAUUCCGCUACUCGACGCUAGAUGUCGACUACGAAAAUAAGCGUUUUGUCAGUGGGGCGACAUUCCUCCUUUCGGCAUUUCCCGACUCCGUUCGGCUCAGGUUUGCAUCAAUUAUUAGGGUUGGUACAACUUGACGUCCCUAUAGGGAGCGUGCAUGAACUGUAGGAGGCAGCACAGGAGCCGUCAGAUUUUUGGCGCGAGGCGUAAAUGUGAUGUUUAUUGUUCCGAUGUAGCCCACAAGAUGGCAGAACCUACUAUGCACAAGAAAACACGUGACGUGUAAAUGUACAUGUUUAUGGUUCCGAUUCAGGCCACAAGAUGGCAGACCCUCCAACGCGCACGGUCCCUAUACGUGCAUGACCACAGAUAACAUAAUGACCUGAAUUUGACAACCCUAAAUGGCCGAAAGGGAUAGUGCCAUACAUUAGAAAGGGGCAUUAAUUCGUCCCUGAAUCGCUGUCAAACUGCGGUUUUGUAGGAAGUGUUAUUUCUGUACGGUAUGCUGAUGCGGCAAAACUGAUGUAUGGAGUGAGCACUCUAUGCUCACUUCUUAUUGCUCUAUGGCUGUAUCGACAUACAUAAUGAUUUUUAAAUUCGGGCGAUCGAUAUCGUCGCUCGAAAAUCUGUGGAAAACGGCGAAUUGUAUUUUUGAAAUACGAGCAAUAGAAUUGGGAAUCUAAUGGUAUUGACCACUCGUUUUCAAUUCUGUUAUUAGAAUUUAAAUGCCUAGUAGUGGAUAUAUGUUGACGGGAGAAAUCAUCUAUGGGCAGGGGCACCCCAGUACCAGCUUCUCCAUCUGGACCGCAUCCAACGAAGAGCGACUCGAAUUGUUGACUGCCGGCGUAAUAGGGUUGUUUCCAUCUACAAAUCUUAGGGCAGAAUUGUAUCCCAAUAAAUUCGUUUGGAUUAUAAGAACAUGUUAAAUUACUUUUAGGGGACCUGUAAUGACCAUAUUUUUGUAAAUAUUGAAUUUAAAAUAUCUUUUGGCACACGUCACGUGACCAAACUCGAAACGUCUGAAGAUUCUGAUGACGUCACAACUCUCGGAUUGACACUGUUGACAGUUAGGCGAUAAACAACAAAUGACAAAUGUCAGUUGACAGUUCGUAUCUUCUACGUGUGUAUGUAGUUAUGUGUCAAACCGUAAACUGUGACGUCACACAAUUUUCAAAGAGCGUUUUGGGCGCGAAAGCGUCUGUAAAAUAUAUUUUGUUAAUUUAACAUAUUUAAAGCCGUUUUUAGUAUAACAGUUUAAUUUUAGGGCAACUUUUAGUUAAUAUAGAACGUAAUACAAGCGUUUUUCAAAAAUUGGAAACAACCCUAUUCGGAUCUAUUCGACUCCUUGGCGCUGCGUAGAGAUGUGGCCUCGCUCUGCAUUUUCUAUCGCAUGUACAACGGGGAGUGCUCCGAGGAAUUGUUCGGAUUAAUCCCUGCCGCUUUUCCCUAUCGCCCUACGCGACAACAUUCCCAUCCUUACCACUUAGUUGGUUGGCAGUCCUCAACUGUGCGUUUCUCCAGGAACUCUGCCUCGCACAGCUAAACUGUGGAAUGAACUGUCGGCUGCGGUAUUUCCGGACCGAUAAGACCUUCAAACCUUCAAGAAAAGAGUGUACUCCCAUCCUAAAGGCCGGCAACACAUGUACAGUCAGCAUCAAAAGUAGUGGAUAAAACAAGGUUUUAAAAGUAUUCUGUAACAGCUUAACAAAAUGUGGUGAUUCUAUUUGUAGAACAAUUAACACGGUAAAAGAUUUACUUUUGAAUGUUAAUUUUAGAGAUUUAUCUAUAUUUGGAAAAGUUAUUAAGAAUAUCAGAUAUUUUUGGCGCGUUGUUUCAUCCGCUACUAUUGGUGCUGACUGUACAACCCCUCUGGUAUUACUGGUGUCCAUAGGCGGCGGUAAUCGCUUACCAUCAGGUGAUCCGUCUGCUCGUUUGCCUCCUCUAUCAUAAAAAAGGGAGCCAGACGAUAUUGAGCGCUCGAAAUUCUAAAAUUGGCCCCUAGUUCGACAAGAGGAUAAUGGUUACAUCUAUCUCAUUCUAAAGUAAGGCUAAGCACGUCCAAGAGUGCUCACUCCGUACAACGGUUUUGUUACCAACAAUACUAUUAUUUUCGUAGUCGACAUCUAUUGUAUCUUUAGGUAUUUAAAAAAAGGUAAACAAACAAUUUGUACAUUUUCGGGUAGUUUAAAAUUUAUUGGUUAACCAACCAAAUACAAAAUCGCCUGGAUCUGUCACUGAACGACCUGACUUUAAACCUACUUUAUUUGAUCAUGUAAUGUUUUCAUCUACCCUCAACUGCCUUAAGGAGCCAUUUGAGGGUAGAUUUAGUUUACCUUUUUUUAAAUACCUAAAGAUACAGACUUAAAGCGUCAAGUAGCGGAACCCUCAGUGCUGCUACUCGACAAUAGAUGUCGCGGCAAACAAAAAGUCUAAUGCUCAACGAUUUUCAGCUAAUAUUAUAACCAGAGUAAGCGUAGGAGUUGAAAAUAGAAUUCCGGUUACUCUAGUUAUAGGGAGCGUGCAUUAACUAUAGGAGGCAGCACAGGAGCCGUCAGAUUUUUGGCGCGAGACGUAAAUGUGAUGUUUUUUGUUCCGAUGUAGCCCACAAGAUGGCAGAACCUACUAUGCACAAGAAAACACUUGACGUGUAAAUGUGCCUGUUUAUGGUUCCGAUUCAGACCACAAGAUGGCAGACCCUCCAACGCGCACGGUCCCUAUAAUGUUAGCGGAAAAUCGGUGAGCAUUAGACUUUUUGUUUGCCGCGACAUCUAUUGUCGAGUAGCAGUACUGAGAGUUCCGCUACUUGACGCUAGAUGUAGACUACGUCUUCUUAAUUCUCUUUGUUCGUGAUUAGCGUCCUUUAGAAGUUUUGUGGCUUGUGUAUGUGUGAUGCACAGUGAAAGCAAUUUUUAGACAAAUGGUUGUUGGAGGCAUUUAUUAAUGUUUUUAAUUAAGUAUAUUUACAAAGUGUAAAUAAUGGUGUUGUUUAGUUUUAUAGUUUAUGAUGGAAUACAUUAUUAUUUUAAA